AUGACCGAGGGACAAGCAAUGGCCACUGCAAUUGCAAUCACAAGCAAUCUGCCGAAUUGGGCACUUAUUGACGAAAUCUCAAUCCCUCUACUCGAAACGGGCGUUGGCACACUUCCAGUACUCCAAGCAGCCCUUCCAACGAUACUUUCCAUCAGUCAAGACGAAGAAAAAUUGAAUGAUCGUUACUGGAAAGUGUUGAGGAUUGCACAACUCCAAAUUGAGCAUUUAUUGGAACUUUUGAAACACAUGGAGAAGUUGGAAUCUGAAAACGAGGCAAAAGUGUUGAAGAAGAAGAAUAUGAUUUCUGAGGAAAGCAAAACUUCAGGAGGAUCAAUAGAGAACUCGGAGAAAUUUAAGUGUGCCGACUGUGGAAAAGUCUUUCUCAAUGACACUUUCUUAACAUCUCACUUCGAAAGACGACAUCCAAAAUCCGUUCAGCAUUCUGUAUCGGAAUAA